AAACAGGCAUCUUCCUCUCAAGCUCCUAAAAACUCCAACUCUCAUUUUUAGCUCAAUACACACAGCCCUUGGGUUGGAGAAGAAGAUGGCCACAGUCACCACACAGGCCUCAGCCGCCGUGUUCCGGCCUUGCUCGUCGAAGACCCGGUUCUUGACCGGCUCGUCGGGUAAAUUGAACAGAGAGGUCAGCAUCAAGGCCUUGCCAUCCACUUCAUCCCCUGCUUCUCUCAAGGUUGAGGCCAAGAAAGGUGAAUGGUUGCCUGGUCUAGCCUCACCAGGUUACCUCAAUGGAAGUCUUCCAGGCGACAAUGGGUUCGACCCGCUCGGUCUUGCUGAGGACCCGGAGAACCUGAGAUGGUUUGUCCAAGCGGAGCUCGUCAAUGGCCGGUGGGCAAUGCUUGGUGUUGCAGGGAUGCUGCUCCCGGAAGUCUUCACCAAGAUCGGCAUCAUCAACGUGCCCGCCUGGUACGACGCUGGGAAGGCUGAGUACUUUGCAUCCUCCUCAACCCUGUUUGUGAUCGAGUUCAUCCUGUUCCACUACGUCGAGAUCCGGAGAUGGCAGGACAUAAAGAACCCGGGGAGCGUCAACCAGGACCCGAUCUUCAAGCAGUACAGCUUGCCCCCUAAUGAAGUGGGCUACCCCGGUGGCAUCUUCAACCCCCUCAACUUCGCUCCCACUCUUGAAGCUAAGGAGAAGGAGCUCGCCAAUGGGAGAUUGGCAAUGUUGGCAUUUUUGGGGUUUGUGGUGCAACACAACGUGACAGGGAAGGGACCAUUUGAAAACCUAGUGCAGCACCUUUCAGACCCAUGGCACAACACCAUAGUCCAAACACUCAGGGGCUACUAAGUACAUUUCUAGGCCAGAGAGAGAGAGAAAGAGAGAGAGAGAGAGAGAGAGACCAGUUUGCUUUUCCUGGUUUGUUUAGCAUGAUGAUCAGAUGGUGUUUAUGAGUGAUAUAUAUUGGACAUCUGUGUAAAAAGAAUUCCUCUGUACAAGGUGACUGAUCUAGCAAUCAAUCUUUUCAUGCAAGGUUAUUUUCAA